GAAGUAUAGUCGUCCCAUGGCGGCGGGGCGCAGGAUUGAAAGAGCUUGACAGUAGUAUCAGGUAGUAUCAGGUACGUAGCUAUGAGCAUAUGCAUACCUUGGGGGUGGGGAAGAGACAUCGAAGAGGGGAAGAGGGUACUGGUACAGAGGGAGCCACGGAAAAAGGAACUGGUGACAGGCAGAUUGAGAUAGGAGGGGAAGUCGUUUUUCAUUUCCAAAAAGAGAACAAAGAGAUUCAAAAGGACGGCGGAGAAGAAGCAGAAGAAGAAAAUCGGAGGAGAGAUUGCAAGGGCAAGUGGUUUCGUCGUGUUGUGCGCCAGACAGGAGGGGGGGAAAGCGGGACAGGGAGAAAGAGGAAGAAGAAAGAGCAGGAAGAGGAGGAGGAGGAGGUUGAGCAGGAGGGAGGAGGAACAGGAGGGAAAAAGAGGUGCAGCAGGAAGAAGAGCUCACCGGGCAGCGUCACACCAUCACCACGAUUAGCUCAAGGGAGCUUCGAUGGCAGAAGUGUUCACACUCUGACAUUUCAGAACGUGACGUACAAAGUGGCCGUGAAGAACACGAGGAGCGAUGGAGGAAAGACACAGAAGGAGUUGUUGAAGAACGUCAGUGGCGAGGCUCGUUCUGGGGAAAUCUUGGCCAUCGUGGGUCCAUCGGGAGCGGGAAAGUCCGCACUCCUGGAUGCACUUGCUGGUCGGAUCGCGGCCUCUGCCUCAAGUCUUGAGGGCCUUAUUCUUGUCAAUGGAAGGCCUAUGGACAGCAAGCAGUUGCGCAAGCUUUCUGCCUACGUUGCGCAAGAUGAUGCCCUGUUUGCCUAUCUCACAGUCAAAGAGACGUUGCUGUUCAGCGCUCGUCUCCGCCUUCCGGCGGACAUGCCGAUCGACGACAAAGUGGCGCGCGUUGACAUGCUUAUUGCCACAUUGGGACUAAGUCCACGUGCUAACACACGGAUAGGCAACGAGCAACUGCGGGGUCUAUCGGAGGGAGAGAGGAGGCUGGUCUCCAUCGCUGUGGAACUGCUGCAUGACCCGGCCGUUCUGUUCCUGGACCAGCCGACGUCUGGACUGGACAGUACGUCGGCACUAAACCUGGUCCAGAACUUGUACCAGAUGGCAACCCAACCCCACCGCCCGCGGACCAUCUUGAUGACCUGUCAUCACCGGCCAAGCCACUUUCCGAUGAUCCUGGAUCUCAUCCACAAGAUCAUGAUCCUGUCACGUGGCUCCUUAGUGUACAGCGGUACUUAUCCUGACCUCUCGAUCUUUCUGGACCACUACGGCAGACGGGUCCCCCCGCAUGUCAACGCGAUGGAAUUCGCCCUCGAUAUCAUCGACGAACUGCAGGAGUCGGCGCAGGCUGUUGCCGCCCUAGCGGACUUCAACUCUGCUAGAUCCAAACUACAGCCGUCGUUAUCCUGUCUGAGCAAUAUAGGUCAGAUGUCAGAGGACCUGGACGCGGGCUUCGCCACAGGUCCAGUGAUCGAGACCUUGACCCUCUGCCACCGCAAUGUCAUAACCAUAUCUCGAACGCCGGAGUUGUUCGCCUCUGCGCUAGGACUGAUGAUCGUCACAGCAGUGGUUCUGGGCUCACUAUUCUACGGCGACUUGGACAAGGACGAGAGUGGUAAGUUCCGCCGGAGUACCUUCUUUGCCUUCAUUUGUGCGCUUCUGUCCUUCACCGCCAUUCACUCUCUGCCCAUGUUCUUGCUUAAGAGGAACGUCUUUGUCCGCGAGACGAGCAGAGGAGCUUAUCGCACCUCGUCGUACGUCCUAGCCACCGGCCUCGUUUUCCUCCCCUUCUUCUUCAUCCAGUGCUUGCUGUUGAGUCUUGUCGCUUACCUCGUGGUCGGUCUUGUUCGUGAUCCUUGUACUUUUUUCCUUUUGGGUACCACCAUGUUCCUUACCAUCACCGUCGGCAAUGCCUUCGUCAGGAUCAUCACCUCCUUGGGGUCUCUCAUUCCCAACUUCGUCGCCUGCAAUACCAUCAUCACUGCGAUCACCGGAUUCAUGUUCCUCUUCUCCGGUUUCCUCGUGCCUAAGGACGAUUUCCCCAACUACUGGAUUUGGUUCCGCUACGUCUUUAGGGCAUUCAGGAUGGAAUACACUUUUACCGGAUUCAAGUACCUGGUCAAAUUGUUGCUGAAGAAGGAAUACACUCGCGUGGACAAUUUUUGGCAAGACGGGACCUCCGGCAGCCACGUGGCCCGGCAAAGGUUUCGCUUUUGGGGGGAUGUGAGCGUCAGGAUCGACCUUGCGUUAAUUGCAGGGAUGGUGCUUGUCUAUAGGAUACUCUUCUAUGUUGGUCUUUGUGUGAGGAGCUCCAGUAUGCGUAAGUAGUGGAUUUUUUAAUGUUUUGGGGGGNAAGGGAAGUAAAGUAGAGUUUCAGAA